UCAACGUGCGAGUGUUGCUAUCUUUAUUCGUUAUCAUUAGUGACAGGGGGAUCAAGGGGUAUAAAGGGCAGCAUUUGUUUGCAUAGAUCUCGGCGCCAGGACACUCGCUCAAUCAUAACAUUCGCGGCUCGAUAGUGUACUUUUCCUUCUCCUGCUUCGCUUCACGGCACACUCAAAGAAGCCGAAAAACCAGGGAAGAAGGUACAACAAAAGCCAUAAACGAAGGAACUGACAAAAAAUGGUUUGUCACAAGCCUAAUGGCGGGCGCAGACUUUGGUGACCAUCGGACGAAGAGCACUUGUUCCACGGCGCCACACAAACGAGUCGAAUGGAAGAACAACAACUUACAAGUCAAUCACAGGUUGCAGCAAGCAUGAGAGUGUGCGCUGGAUGCGGGGAAAAAAUCAUUGAUCGGUUCUUAUUACUUGCUUUGGACCAAUACUGGCAUGUUAACUGUUUGAAAUGCUCGUGCUGCGAGGCUAGACUUGGGGAGAUCGGCACUUCGUGUUAUUCCAAAGGAGGGAUGAUUCUCUGCAAAACAGACUAUGUCAGAUUGUACGGCAAUUCAGGAGCAUGCGCCGUGUGUGCAAAGUUGAUUCCCGCAACAGAAUUAGUGAUGAAAGUCCUGGGAAAGGUCUAUCACCUUCACUGCUUCACUUGCACGACAUGCCACAAUCAACUGGUUCCUGGAGACAGAUUUCAUGUUGUGAAUGGAAGACUUUUCUGUGAAAAUGAUGAUCCUAAUUUAUUAAAACAGCAGCUUCAUGUCACCAAACAAACGGUAUGCUAAGGCUGUCACCAACGUGUAUCUGUUUUCGGACAAAUUUCGAAUCGGACCAGGCACUUUUCGGCCAGGACGACUUGUCCGAGUGUGGCAGCAAAGAGUGAAAGAAGUCGUCGAAUAAUAUUUUACCCGCACAUGACGAUUAAGAGGGUGUGACUACGUGAUGGCGGUAGCGGAUUUAUUCAGCGGGAGAAAUGUGCACUGGAAUAAUCUAUAAAGCCAUUAAGGGUAGGCGUACACAAGAUCCGAUGUAGAUGAUAGGCGUAUACAAGGUCUACACAAGAUAAUCUACCAAAUCAUAGAGGAUAGGCGAAUACAUGGUCAACAUGAAACAAUUCGGCGCCGCGUCAUACAACGGGAUGUGACCACUGUGUCGUAAAGUUAACAGGUCAGACGAUGGUGUGACGUUUAAUACGCUUUAUAGAACGUUUAAAUGAACGUUUUAACACCUGUCAGCCUUACUGUCAGUCUUCCUGGCAUAACCCCGGUGGAUUGAACGCGAGAUAAAGGAAAUUUGAGGAAACUUUGCAACCCCUGAAUAGCGCAUAAUUCUUUCUCUGGGCUGAGAAAUGCUGACGCUCUUACAGAGACCUCUACCUCCCCCUCCCUACCACACUUUAGAUUACCUCGAUGUGGUAGGCACGUGGAAGACACUACAUCACAAGUGUAUGGCCUAGACCACACCUAGCUAUUUAAGGGACGCUAUUUCCACAAAUUUCAUUCACAUAAUACUUCCGUUUUUCCUUUUUUAAAGUGCGGUUUAGUAAAGAUAAUGUGUAAGAAUAGAGAAAUGUAAAUAAAAAAGAGUUAGAUAUAAUUAUAGUUAAAAAAUCUCUGAUAUAUGUCAUUUUAGGUUUCUAAGAGAUCGCAAAUGUUAUUACAAAACUAGUAUUGAAUUAUCAUCCGUGAAAGCUAAAGUUUAAAAUAUUGAAUUAAAAGCUCAGUCUCACAAAUUUCUGCUGUUUUCAUAGGCGUAUCAUGUCAGAGUUUUUUUUCGAAAUUCUAAAGCGUGUGUCAGAUGUAAAAGCAGUUAUCGUUUACCCUUUUUUUAGAUUAGUUUCCUUGUUUUUUUUGUCAUAGUCUUUCAGUGCAUUACAAUUUAUGUCUUGGUGAGUUUAGUGAAACAAAAAGGCUCUUUACGCCAAGGAAUAACAUGUUUACCAAAAUUUGAGCCCUCUGUAAACAACCGUACCGGAGGAAAGAAAGAAAACUAAUAAAGUGUGAACUUCAUAACAUUUUACAACUGACACUCGCCUCAAUACCAACUUAUUGAAUGCAUUCAAAUAAUUAUUGUGCUUUAUUAUAGACAUCUUUCUCUUUUAAUGAUAGUUCGUCAAUCACAAAGAAUGUUGAUUUUGAUUUUUUUCAGAUAAGUUAAGCGUGUGAGCUUUGAUAUCUGUUUCUUGUGCCAUAAAUUGGAUUUUUGAAAGCUUUCAAGCGUUUCAGAGGUUUAAUUAAUUUUUCAGAGAAAUGAAUAGGACAGGAAGAUUUGUUAGCUAUCUAUUGUCAAUCUGUUGAGAUAGGGAUAAUUAACUUUUGUAGUUAUGUUGAUUCAGUGUACUCUGUAGCACAGUUUUGAGCUUUCAACCCAUCGCCACUUCUAUUUAAUUUUGUAAAUAGACGUUCAAUCUUUAAGUUAAACUUAAUGAGAGAGCCAAAAGAAAUUUACAAAACCGCUAUUUAGUCUUAUGUUUAAUAGGAAACGCCUUAAAAUAUUUCACACACAAAAA